GACAUAAUUGACAUCAAUUACAUUUUUUUCACUGGUGCAAACCGAAUAGGAAAGAUUAUACAUAAAGCUUGUUCUGAAAAUUUAACUCCUUGUACCCUGGAGCUCGGAGGAAAGAGUCCUUGUUAUAUCGACAGUUCAGCGGAUAUCGCAAUUGCAACGAGGCGCAUUUUAUGGGGCAAAUUUAUUAAUGCUGGUCAGACUUGUAUAGCUCCAGAUUACAUAUUAUGCUCUAAAGAUAUUCAAGAACAAUUUCUGAAGGAAGCUAAGUCUUUACUUAAGGAGUGGUAUGGAGAAAAUCCUAAGCAUAGUCCUGAUCUAUGCCGCAUAAUCAAUCAACAACAUUUUAAACGACUGAGCGGUUUACUUAAGGGUGCGAAUGUUGCAAUUGGAGGUGAUGUCGACUCCGCAGAUAACUAUAUUGCACCAACAAUUUUAACGAAUGUUAAAUCAGAAGAUCCAGUUAUGCAAGAUGAAAUUUUCGGACCAAUUUUACCAAUUUUAGUCGUAGAAAACGCUAAUGAUGCAAUCAAGUUCAUCAAUGCAAGAGAUAAACCUUUGGCACUAUAUAUAUUCAGUACAAAUGAAGCAGUAAGAAAUCUAAUCAUUGCUAAUACUUCCGCUGGUGGAAUGUGCAUCAACGAUGUAUUGGGACAUUUUGCAGUUGAGUCACUGCCCUUUGGAGGUGUAGGUCCCAGUGGUAUGGGAGCAUACCACGGUAAAUAUGGGUUUGACACGUUCACACACAAGAAAUCAUGUCUGAUAAAGGAUUUCAAUGCCGUUGGUGAAAAACUAGCAUCCUCGCGAUAUCCGCCUUACUCAGAUGGAAAAUUAUCUUUCUUGUCAACAGUUCUGAAGAAGCGCAGGAGUAUUUCUUUGAAAUGUGUACCAUACUUAUUUAUAUUUGGACUGGGGGUCGCUUCUACACUAAUAGUGAAUUGUUUGAGAGACGACAAUAAGUAGACUGGUGACAGUAUUUUGUGCUGUUACGUCACUUCCUCUUUAAAGUGCAGCUGACGAAAUGGUGGUGAUCGGUUCUCUAAAAGACAUUCUGAGUAUGUUGUAAUGCAUCACGAUGUUAUGAAAUGAAUUUUGGUUUUUAGUGUAGAAUAAAAUCACUUGUUUAAUCGACUA